ACAACCGACACCGCGCUGAUGGUUGAGUUUCGGUUUCCGUUAAAUCUUUUCAAAAAACAUUUCGAAAAACAUGCGUUAAACUGCCGGCAAAAGAUAUCACUGGAUGAUAUUUUAUUUGUUUUACGAGAAUAUAUUGGUAUUAUGAUAGUUCCAUAUAUUCCUCACAACCCAAUCGUUUUUGGGACGUGACGCGGGAUUUUUUGUUUAUGUUCUAUUGCAAACCUGUGUCCGAAAAAACCCUUUUUCGAAAAGAAACCGCGAAGUGAAGUGAAAAAAUUCGAAUCCCUUUGUGAAUAUUAAAACAAUAUACCCGCAAUAUUGAUACAAUUUAAUAUGAUUUGAUAUAAUUCGAUGCGAAAUUUCUCACAAUUGUUAUUCGUUUAAAAAAGAAGCAGAAAUAAUAAAUAAAAUUUGCAUAAACAUCUAGCGAUUGGCGGAGAUCUUUAAAAGGUUCCGGCCCCAGCUGAGGAAAACCAAACAGAAAAGACCAAGAAACCGAACAGAAGAAGGCGCACAGCAAAGAGAUAUCAACACCAAAUCGCUUAAAUUCGAACCCAACCGAAACGCUAAUCCGAACCAGACGCAAUGCACUGCAGCCAAAAGCGUAACGAAAAUCCGACGACCAAUCUUUGCUAAGGUCGCCCGAAAUUCCCCAAUAAAAGGAACAUACAAAAAACAAAUACAUAAACUAAGCCCAGAAAAUCGAAAGCUAAGGCAAAGGAGCUGUGAAAUAGAAUUUUAAGGGGAUUCACAAAGCACAACUCGACGAUGGCCAUGUUGGAGGCAAGGCCGUACAGGCCAUUUAAAUCCAGCGAGGAAUAUCUGGAGGCCAUGAAGGAGGAUCUGGCCGAAUGGCUCAGCACACUCUAUCCGGAGCUGAGCAUCAAUGCCGAGAACUUUAUGGAUCGACUGGACACGGGCGUGGCAUUGUGCAAGCACGCAAAUUAUGUGAGACAGGCGGCGGAGGAUUAUUUGGCCCGGCGACAGGCCCGCAACAAAUCGAUGACCCGAUCCAUGACCUCUGGUCUAGCGGGUCCAAUCCUGGCCCUAGGUAACGUCCAUUACCUUCCGGCCGCCAAAAGCGGCACAUUCUUUGCCCGCGACAAUGUGUCCAACUUUAUAACCUGGUGCAGGAAAAGCCUGAAGAUCAUUGAGUGCCUGCUGUUCGAAACUGACGAUUUGAUUAUGCGCAAAAACGAAAAGCACGUAAUACUCUGUCUUCUGGAGGUGGCACGUCGGGGCGCUAAAUUUGGAAUGUUGGCUCCCAUGCUGGUGCAAAUGGAGCGACAAAUCGAUCGGGAGAUCGCCGCCGAUAACAAGGCCAAUGGAGUUGGCUCCUCGGAAAGCGGUACCCAAACGGAGGCAAUUAAUUCUGGUAAUAGUACGGCCACAACGACGACAAUAACGACCAUCACAGUGGAGACGGAUCUGUAUGAUGACAGUGAUGAUUCAGAGACCGAGGACGAUGGCGAUGAGAAUCCCGUGCUGAUGUACGGCCCCCAGCCCCAGAUAAUUACCAACGAUCUAAAGAGCCUCGAUGAGAUGGUCAGGGAUCUGGUGGAGAAGUGCACAUGCCCCUCGCAGUUUCCCAUGGUCCGAGUGUCCGAGGGCAAAUAUCGCAUUGGCGACACCAAAGUUCUCAUCUUUGUGCGGAUCCUUCGUUCCCACGUGAUGGUUCGAGUUGGUGGCGGCUGGGAUACGCUCUCCCAUUAUCUGGACAAGCACGAUCCGUGCCGCUGCCGUGCCCAACAUCGCAGCUCCGUGGCCGCCCGUCUCGUUCCCCGCCAGUCCCCGAAUCACAAUCCCAGCAAUGGCAUCGAGCUCCAUAAGGCCCAGGUGAUAUUCGAGAGGUCACCGCCAGCAGCUCGCCGUGUUUUCAACAGCCCCAAUUACAAUGGUGGAUCGGGAACGGGAACGGGAACAGUCACGGGAAUGGGAGCAGGAUCCUCGGCAACCGGCACAGGAGCACUGGGCGUGGCCCCGCCUCCUCCGAUCCAGAACGGCCACAGUUUGUCACCCAAUUCGGGAAAGUACCGCAGUCGCAGUCCGACGCCACAGCGUAAGUUUCUCAACCAGCAGACAAACGGAGGAGGCAGUGCAUUUGCAACGGGAUCCGGCCAGACGACAGGCACCACAGAAUCCUCCAGCGGCCAGCUGCUCGGAUCGCCCAGUCUGGCCAGGCGCUCCAUGUCGCCAAGUCCUCGCCGGCUGAUCGAUAUGCGCAAGAAGCAGAGCUCCCUGGACUCAUACAGCAGUGGUCCCAAAUCGCUGCCCGGCUACAGCUGCUCCUUGGAGGAGGCAACUGCAGGAGGAGGAGGAGCAGGAGUUCCGGUCGGAUCGGCAGCAGGAAUGGCCGGCACAGGAAACGGAGGGGGAUCGGGCCAAUCGGCGGAGCAAGGUGGUGCCAACAAGUUCGAGAAUAUCAGCGACAAUGGCAGUGAGAUCAGUGACGAAGGCUACCGCAGCCUGGGCGUCAUCCAAUCGGGUGCCCAAAAACGCGAGUCCCUGCACAGUCAGGCCUCCAUCGAGGACGCUGAAGGCAAUGCGCGUCUAGAUCAGACCUCCAGUGACUCGCAGAUCUCGCCCUCCGAUGAGCCGGCGGAGAAGACAGCCGUGGAUAUUCUGGAAGAGCAGGAUCUAAGCAGCCAGGACCGUGAGGACGAGCACGAGGACUACUCCGUGUGCGAUGGCCCCCAAUCCCUGCCGGCGAUUCUCAGCGGCGGUGCCCACAAGCUAAAUGAUAAAUUCGAGCAGUCCGGAGUCUUCAUAACCGACGACGAGAUCACCGUGGACAUGGUGACCAAGGCCGAAGACGCAUCGGUGACUCCAGUGGCUGGAAUUCCCACUCCCAAUCUCAGCAAGAUUCCACGUUCACCACUGGCGCAACGUCGUCGCCGGAGCAUCGAUAAUAGUACGUGCGGUGGUGCCGGCGGAAGUCUUCAGGAUUUGACCAGCCGCUCGGGAUUACCAGCUCCGGCUGCCUUUAGCCGUAAGCAGCCGGUUUAUCGAUCCGUGCGAACGCGAAACUCAACGGGAGCCACGACGAACACGCCCACUCCGAUGGCGCCGCCCCGAUCCCGUCAAGCCACCCAAUUGCCCAUGGUGCGCGAUGUCACGAAUACGUGGAGUGGCCGGGCCACUGGGGCACCGAAACGUCGACCUCCCUGCAACGCCGACACCUUUGUGGCGCCCACAAAUGGACAAGGACUGGGGGCUGGAUCCUUUGAGCGCAAUGGCAAGGGACGCUCCUCGCAAAUCCUCUACGACAGCAAUGGUCGGCGGGUGAGGAGUGGAGCACCGGGAUGCACCAGUUCGCUGACCACGUCGCCGGUGAAGAAUCACGCCUCCUCACCGCUGGCCCAACAACUACUGGAGGCGGCCAGUAGCGCCAAGAACGAUACCCAGAUUCUGGAGAAGAUGAAGUCACUGCUCUCACGCUAUGCGGCUGGUAACCAAGCGAAAGCGGGAGCAACUGCAAAUAAGAUCAACAGUAAUGGCAAGAAGACACCGGUCUACGAGGACUUCACCACGGCCUGGGUGCACAGCAAUGGGAAUCUGGAGCGAUCGGAGAGCUGUUCGCCGCCGGCCAAGGCUCGAUCCAAACGGAGCUCCGCCGCCAGUUCCAUCGAGAGUAACAACUCAAAUGUGGGAGCAGGAGCAGGGGGAACAGGAGGAGCAGGAGGAGCUGGAGCUGGAGCUGGAGGAGCAGGAUCAUCCAGUGUGGUAUCGCCCAGGCGGGAGAGGGGCAUGUCCAAGAUCCCGGCGCCAGUGCGCCAUCACACAGAGCUUUACUAGCAGCGCCGGAGGACGCCAAGCGUCCGGGUCCGUUUCCAAGCCAAGUCGAGGGUUUUUUAAAAACAAGCCUCCAAGCGAGCAGAGGAGCAAAACGACGAAGUGUCUGGGGAUUGGGGGUAGUACAUACAUUAAUGCAUAAGAUAGGGUUAGAGCCAAGCUGGAAUUGUCGUGUGUGUGCGUGGAGAGCGGGAAAAGGAUGAAGAAUCAGGACAGAAUCUGCAGAAGAAUCAGAAGAUGAUCCACUAAAAAAUGAUGUAGAACCAUUCAAAAGAAAGGGCAAUCAAAAGAAAACCCCUAUAAUUCCAUUAACUGAAAGGUGAAGAACUCUAGGAAAUUGCGGAGUCAUAAAGAAAACCAUCUCAAAAGACAAAGAAUCGGAGGUGAUCCCACUCCAAAAAAGAAAUCCAGGGGAAAGCCAUAGACAUAGGAUACCCAAGACAGAAUCAGGAUCGGAAAAGUGUCGAGUGGAGAAAGUGAAAACUGAAACUGCCUCAAGGACAGACAGGUCAGAAUCCCUAGCAGCCAGAGACCCCCAAGCAUAUCCCUCUUAUAAACAGCUCUCUGUAUGUAAGCUUUUCUUAGACUCAACUAUACAAAAACCCUCUUUAAUCGUCGUUAUAUAAGCUCCCGUAUAACCACUUAAUAUACUACUUUUAUGCGCAGGCUUCAAUUUUCUUAAGCUUCAUAUUUCCAAAGUCAGUUAUACAUUUUUGUGACUCUAUCGUAUACGUGCAUUUUCGUAACCCAAAUCGAAAGCAUUUGAUUUGUAUUUAAAGCGAGCGUAUUAACGUAGUAAGAUAUGAAUUUUGGGAUACCCCCAUUAAGCUUCGAUCUGUGCUGAUCUAGGGUAAUGAAUAAACCAUAUAUACAAUCCAAAUUUGAGACUCGAGUAAAAAUUUUAAAUCAAUUUUUUUCUAGGCCUAGAACAGGAAUUUUAGAUCUACACCAAAAGCCACAAAAGCAAAACAAUAUCGAAUAUAUCUAUUAAAAAAAGCAUUAACACACACACACACAAUUGCAUACACAUAGACGAAGCAUAUACAUAGUUUUCUAGAAAUUUUUAAAGUAAAACCAACCAAAUUCAUAUUCAGAUUCGAUUCGUAGCGAAGCAGAAUACAUUUAUUUUUGUACGCUUGACCAGAGAAACCGUCGGAGAUCGUGGGAUCUGGAAAGAAGAAUAGCUUUUAGACAACUCGACUUUUACAGUAUAGCUAUAUAUAUACAAGGAAGAGUGGAUUCGAUUAGAGAUAUAUAGAAAGCAUAGCUAGGAAAUGAAGCGAACGCCCCCGCAAAACACCUCCGAUAAGUGGGUGCUCCUUGGUCUGGGAACUCCAAAAUCACGCUCUUCAAAACCACAAACCUGCACCACCAAAAACACCACACACACACACACCACACUAGGAAAACAUACAGUGCGUUUCGGAACUGUAAGGCAGUUAUAGGAAGUUUAGUUCGAAUUUAAUGACCGUUUAAUCGCACUAUAUAUUUAAAGACAAAUUAGAUAACUGUAUCGAAUUAAUCGAAGAAAUGCAAAAUCAAAGCGAUUCGAUAGCAGCCCCAAAACGCAUUGUAAAUGACCAACAAUACUUUAUGACACACAUAAAAUAUAAACACAAAACAUGAUAAAACGGUCACAAAAAAAAAGAAGAAAAAAAACUGAGAAACUAUAGCUUUUGAUGGGACAUACGGAUAUCGUAGAGCGAACGAUCGAACCAUAGUGUAAUUUUCAGAACUUUUUAAAUUGCUACAACUAUAAACCAUACAUAUAUAUUGUAUGAUUAUUAUUUUUUUUUUCUUUAGCUUUAACAAUGUUAACAUAUAGUUUAGUACAUCGUACCUAUGAUCAUAACUAUAUAGAUUGUAAAUUGUGUUUGUCUAAUUGCCCCCAUGUUGUAUAGUUCUUAUGUACUCGUAAAAUCGGCCUUAAUGUUCAGUCUGUCGAUACCUUAAAUAUCAGUUUUAUAUUGAUUUUUUUUUUUUUAUUUUGUAUUAUUUCCUUUUGAAUUUAAGUUGCGUUUUUUCAGCUUUUUAUUGUACACCAAAUGAUACCAAUUUAUGUAUAGAAUCGAAAUGGCGAAAAAGAUCGCAACCAAAAUAAUUAAUGAUUAAUUGUUUAACAAUUAAAUUGUUCCAAUACACACACAUACACACAUAGACAAAAAAUACCCUUACACAUACACACCUGACCCGUGGUGAAUUUAUAAUUAUAGAGAAUUAAGCAAUUUGACCGAUUUGCAUGCCAAAAGGUUGAUAACAAUUCAAAGAGAGGAGGAGAUUACACCACGGGUUCUCGAGCGCUGGCCAUGAUGAGCAUUGCAUCGCAUCGCAUCGCAUAUAAUAAAUAUGUGUAUUUGGAUAUAUAUCGCAAAACAUAUAAAGUGUAUUUUAAAUACAGCUAAAAGUGUAAUUAUCAAUUCAUUUCAAAAGCAAACUAACUAUUACAAAUGGAAUAGAUUAGACCGCAAGGGUGUACUCUAAGCGAACCAGCAGCAUAAUUGAUUUUAAUCACAAGAAUUUAAUUAAUAAAAGCCUAUAUACAAAUAUAUAAAAACGA